AUGUUUCAGUACCCGGCGGCUUCGAGCUCGGUAGCAACAAGUCAAGAGUCAAAGCAGAAGAAGAUCAAGAGUGAAGACAUUGAUGAAUUCAUCACAAAGAUGACUUCAGGAGUGAAAUCAUAUUUGGUGGCAGAACAUGAAGCUAUGCGUCUAAGACAACGGCAUAUCUAUGCAUUCAACGCGAACACUAUGAAGAAUCGAUACAAAAAUAUUGUACUGUUUGACGAAGGUGCCGUAACACUGGAACCAACCAAACCGGAUAAACCUGAUGAUACAUAUAUUCACGCGACCAAAAUUAAAAGCAAAUUCGGAAAUUACGUUCUCGCUCAGAGUCCAAAAGAUGAUACGUUGAACGACUGGUACCGUAUGAUAUGGCAACUAAAAAUCGGUGUCAUCGUGUGCCUUAUACCACUGACAGAUCCAAAAGACUGCAGCAAAUAUUUCGAGAAACAAGUUGGCAAGAAGAUUAAACAUAAACGUUUUGUGGUUCGUACGUUAGCAUCACGUAAAGAUGGUUCCUUCAAAAUAUAUGAUCUGAAGUUGAUAAAUAAAGAUGUAAAGGAUGAAGAACGCACGGUGCAACUGGUCAAUCUCACUGAAUGGAAAGUUAUAUCAAGGCCACCAGAGCCCAGGAAAUUUCUCGACUUCAUGCGAGCUGUCUGGGCUACGGAAGCAUCGGCGAAACUAGCGGAUGAAGACAAAGUACCGCCAACACUCGUUCACGGCAUUACAGGAACACGUCGUACGGGCACUUACGUUAUCAUGUCAAUGCUUUGCAAACAGAUGCAAACGAGUCGUCAAAUGUCUCUACUGAAAGCCUGCUCACGUGUAAGACAAUUCAGAUACAGUGUGGUUAGGAAUCGUAUAUGCUUUUCGUUACUGGUCGAGUCGACAAUUACAUUCGCUGCAGACCAAGGUCUGGUUGAUAGGGCCACGUUGAAUUUCAGAGAUGCUCUAAAGGUUGUUGAAUUAUCCACUCUUCGUGACAGUUUCUCAGUUUGUGUUUUCUUUUUGCACAGAUUCACUUGA